AUGCCGCCCCGCUGGCCUCACUGCCAGAAACCAUCAGUACCCUACAGGGGACACUCCGCUGGCCAUCCUGGACGCUUCAUCAAGAGGAUCAGUCUUCACGACGGAGUCCGGAAAGGACACCGCAAACUCCUGACACAGGGUUUGCACUCUAUCCGGGACUACCCACUGGAUGUCGAUGACACGCGGACACAGAUGUUUCCUCGGGACGAACGGCGCGUUACAGCUUGGAAAGUGGAGAAGACCAAAUUCCCAUUGGGAAUGGACCGAUAUGACUUAUAG